AUGUGUUGUUGUCUUCGUGUCGUCGUUCUUGUGUGUCGUUGGCCUCCUCGUGUGUUGUUUUUGUCGUUGUGUGCCGCUGGCGCCUGUCGUGACAUACCCUUGGCCCAUGACGUUGACACGUCAUGGGCGCCGUCCCUCGUUCUUGGCCUGUCCUUCCACGUUGGCGUGGGCAUGGGCGUGGGCGGCGUUGGCAUGGGCGGCGUUGAUGUGGGCGGCGUUGAUGUGGGCGGCGUUGACGUGGGCGGCGUUGGCGUGGGCAGUGAUAGAGGUGGUGGUGGUGGAAGGGAAUGGGAUGGUCACGGAGGUGUGACCAUGCCGCAAACAGGAGACGUGACGAUAUGGCACGCCCUCAAUCCACUGGACUGGGACUGGACUCAGGAAAGUGGCUGGCAGUCCAGUGGGAGUCCAGUGGACUGGACUGGACUGGACUCCAGUGGACUGGGCAUUCUGCCAGCCAAUCUGGCCUGUCCAAGGGUUCCGCCGAGGCAUCUGACAGGAAGCAUUUAUUGGGGACAGGCAGCACGCGAGAAUGUGCAGAAUGCCUUGUGA